AUGCAGCUAAGCAACCUCACCAAUUGCCGACCUACCGUCCACUACCAUCAGCGCAAGUGCACAGUUGAAGGCGAGUGGACACUCGACCGCUUUCAAAGUGAAGUGGUCUGGAUCGGCGGCGGUUUUGAAAUUCUUGCACAUGGCGCCGACCUUGACGUUCGCGGCGUCGAUACAGUCGAGGAUUAG